AUGCUCCAGAGACCCGAGGCGAAGCGGAAGCAUCCACGGAUCAACGCCAUGGUAAAGAAAAAAUGGCGGGACCAAUGUCAUUUCAAGCAUCAUCCGACUCCAAGGAUCGACACCCUCAAGAUGCCGUUGGGAUAUCAACCGCCGAAGUUCCAACAAUUUGAUGGCAAAGGCAACCCAAAGCAGCAUGUGGCACACUACAUGGAAACAUGCAAUAACGUUGGGACAUACGGCGAUCUCUUGGUGAAGCAAUUCGUACGGUCAUUAAAAGGCAACGCCUUCGACUGGUAUAUCGACCUGGAGGCUGGUUCCAUCCACAGUUGGGAGCAGUUGAAGUACGAGUUCUUGAACCGGUUCUACAGCACGAAAAGAACCGUCAGUAUGACAGAACUCACCAAUACUCUUCAAUGGAAAGACGAACCAGCAAUUGACUGCAUCAACCGCUUGGGCAGUCUGAGCUUGAACUGCAAAGACCCGUUGUCCGAGGCCUCCGGUAUAGAGAUGUGCAUCCAAGGAAUGCAUUGGGGGUUGAAAUACAUCCUGCAAGGGAUCCGACCCCGCACUUUCGAAGAACUUGCUGCCCGCGCUCAUGACAUGGAGUUAUGUAUGGCUUCAAGCGGGAUGCAUGGACCACCAGUUCAAGAAUCUUCAAAAGCAAAAAGAUACGAAAGAUAUGAUGCCGCAAAGAAGAGGAACAACGCCCCUAUCAAGUCUUUCGGAAAAGAAGCCUUGGCCAUAAAAGCGACGACCAAAGCACCAGUAAAGAUCCAAAAGGAAGUUGCAAGGAAAAGACAAGAAAACCUCAUUGAACUCCCAAAUUCAAAAAGACCGGAGGAAGCUGGAAAGGUUGAUGAUCCAAAAUACUGCAAAUACCAUCGUUUCGUAGGACAUCCCAUCCAUAAUUGUUUCAUCUUUAAGGACAAAGUCAUGGAGUUGGUUCAUGAAGGAAAGAUCACCCUUGAAGACGAUUCUGUUGCUAUUAAUGUCAAUUCAAUCAUGUUCGGGUCUCUCGAAGUUGACAUAAAAGAUAAAGAAUCAUAUUGCCUCACUACCAAAGAUGGCAAGGCGAUCAAAGACAAAUCGAGCGAAGAAUGUGCCACGAUAACUUUCACUGAUGAAGAUUUGAUGUUAGGAUCCAAACCCCAUAAUCGUCCAUUACUGGUCGUGGGUUAUAUCCAUGAGCAAAGGAUUAGCCGGAUAUUCUUAGAUGGAGGAGCCGCAGUCAACGUCCUUCCUCUAUACAUAUUGCAAAAAUUGGGAAUACCAGUAGAUCAAUUGUUCGAGAGUCGUAUGACAAUACAUGGAUACAAUCAAGAGGGGUAA